CGACGAGGAGGCCUACUAUCAGGGUGUGUCCGCAACCAACAACGAAAAAAUGGACAUUGCCCAUAUCUUGGCGGCUUUGAAAGUUAGAGAUGGCGGUGAAGAAAUGGAAAUAGACGAAGAGAUGGAGGAAUAUGAGGAAGAGGAACAGAUCUUGGAAGAAGAAGAAGAGGAGGAGGAGGAAGGGGAAGAGGAGGACUGGGAAGAUUAUGAUGAUGAUGAUGAUGAUGAUGAAGAAGUGGAAGAAGGAGCCGUGACUACUCGCUGCCUUGGAGCCAAUUUCAAGGACAGUCACCCUGAGCUGACCGACGAACAAGUUCUCAAGAGAUGCCGUGUCACCGUUGUCCUAGGCCCUCCCAAAUCAGGCAAGACUAUCGUCUGCCGUUACCUAGAAGGUCUUUACCGCAUGAAGCACUUGAAGUUCGAGAAAAAGUCUUCUGAUAUUGACGAGAAGAAAAUGAAGUUGUCGAUGAUUCUGGGAUCUUGCAUCAAGAUCUUCCGAAUGGAUUGUAUCGACACUUUCGUUCUCGACGACUGUCCGCAGGACAUGAUGGAAUUUAAUGCCUUGGACCAGCGUGUCAACAUCGACCUUGCUAUAGUCCUCCCGGUUUCAUUCGAUUUCCAGACUAACAAAAAACGUAAAGAAAGGGCCAAGGUCUAUCAGAAAGAGACUCGACAGGUUAUUGCCCAUUUGAAAAACAAAAAUCUGGUCUUCGAGAUCAUCAAACGCGGGUCUACGGAAGAGUUCUUCGAAGACGUUGACCUUGCCAUGCAUAGAACCCUCCUGAAUGCUUGUGAUAACUUUCCGGGCGGUAUUCCAAAAGAGUGGACCAAUCUCUUGCUCACCCGUGGCGAUGAUCAUGAGAGAUAA